GAGAGGAGCAGAAAGGCGAGCUGAGCACUCCCGCGGUCUUCGCGCCCACGGUUGGGCGGGCGGGGACUAGUUUCCCGGGACGGGCGCGCCCGGGCUCCCCCCGCCCUCGGCGCAGAUGGUACGGCCCGGGCGUGCGGCGCAGACUGCGGCUGCGCGGCGGCUGAGAGUAGCGUCGCGCGCCGGCCACUUCCGCACUUCCGCUUUCCGGCCCAGCCAGCGCCCGCGAUGACUGCCACUCUCCGCCCCUACCUGAGCGCCGUGCGGGCCACACUGCAGGCUGCCCUCUGCCUGGAGAACUUCUCCUCCCAGGUCGUGGAGCGGCACAACAAGCCAGAGGUGGAAGUCAGGAGUAGCAAAGAGCUCCUACUGCAGCCCGUGACCAUCAGCAGGAAUGAGAAGGAGAAGGUUCUGAUCGAGGGCUCCAUCAACUCUGUGCGGGUCAGCAUUGCAGUGAAGCAGGCUGAUGAGAUAGAGAAGAUCCUGUGUCACAAGUUCAUGCGCUUCAUGAUGAUGCGAGCAGAAAACUUCUUUAUCCUGCGGAGGAAGCCAGUGGAGGGCUACGACAUCAGUUUCCUGAUCACCAACUUCCACACAGAGCAGAUGUACAAACACAAGCUGGUGGACUUCGUGAUCCACUUCAUGGAGGAGAUCGACAAGGAGAUCAGCGAGAUGAAGCUGUCGGUGAAUGCCCGAGCACGCAUUGUGGCCGAGGAGUUCCUCAAGAACUUUUAACCCAUCUGGCAGAUCUCGGGCUUCCCCUCAGUGUUGGUCGACGGCAUGCCUGCGUUCACCUGGGGCAGAAGCGGGCAGUCUGAGUGCGGGAGGGGGUGUUGCGUGCUUGCUAGCUGGGCCAGAAAGCCGCGUGGACCUGCCCCAGGCGACUGUGCCUGGUCAUCCUGGCUUUUGAUAUUUGGCCCCUGAGCUGGGACCUUUUUUUUUUUUUUUUUUUUUAAUGUCUUGAAACUGAAACUGUGCUUGUAGGAGACUGUAACCUUUUUAUUGUCUUCUCUUUCUUUUUUUUUUUUUUUAAACAAGCAGCCUCCAUUUCCAGUGCUGUGACUGGUCCCAGUGAUUGUACCUGUUUUGGUCGCUGUGGGUCUGGGCGGGCCUGGAGCCAGAAGGCGACUACUAUUCCUCCCCGCCUGCCCCAGGAAGGCAGGCAGGAGGGAGGCUUCCUCAGACUCUUCUCCCUGGCCUCUUCCUCCUCCUCCUCUUCCUCCUCCCCAGGCCUCCUGGGACUCAUCUGCCCAGCAGCCAGGUGGCUUUUGGGGGCCACUUGCCCGGGGGCUGCAUCUCGCCUUGUCUGUCAGUCAGUGCCUGUGCUAGAGGCGGCCUGCACGCCUCCCCUGCUCUGGCCCCUCUGCUCCUGCUCGCUCUAUCUUUUCUUACCCUGCUGGCUCCUCCUUCCCCAAAUUAAAAUCUCUUCUUGCCCCUUUGGGGCUGCAUGA